AUGAAAUGCCCACGGAAGUUAUCAAGAGGUUGCAAUCUGGAUGAAACAAUACUAGAGUUUGCGAAUAAGCUCUUGCAGAACCAAGAAACUCCAGAUCAGUGGUUUGAGAUUAACUCGAUACCAAUCCCCAAAUCAGGAAACCUCAGCAAUGAAAUUGAUUACAGAGGAAUUGCACUGUCCAAUAUCUCACUCAAAGUCAUCAACCGAAUGAUCCUCAACAGGAUUCAACAGGUGCUUGAUAGCCUUAUAAGACCAAAUCAGAAUGGAUUUAGACCAGGAAGAGCCACAACAUCUCAGAUCUUAGCCCUGGAGCAUAUAAUAGGAGUUAAAUCAGGACAGCUAUCUGCCAUUAUAACCUUCGUGGACUUCAGUAACUGGUUUGAUAGCGCUCAUCGUUAUAAAAUAUUGAAGAUCCUUCAAGGAUAUGGCAUUCCAGAAGAACAAGUUCUUGCUAUUGCGAAGCCCUACGACAAGACCAGAACUCGUAUAUUGUCAUCAGAUGGAGAAAUGGAAUUCUUUCGGAAUAGCUGUCCCAUAUAUGUUGGAAUUUCGCAAAUUUUUAUUAUUUUUGUUAGAGAACUUGGAGCAGAAGUCUAA